AACCACUUCUUUUCCACCACCACCCCUCGUCCUCUCGUCAACACACAACGCUCCCCCUCUAUCACAUAUUUUCAUCAACGCUCACAUCUUCUCUGUCGCUCCCCCUCCGGCUUCACCACCAUUUCCUUGCAAUUCAAUUUUCACUCUCUGCGCUCUAAUUCUAUUUUCCAUUUUCUAUAUUUUCCUUCUGUACUUCUUUCCUAGAUACGCCCACCAGGCACGGACAUCCACUGUUUCCCACGCUCUUCCACAUCCUACACUCGUCACACACUCGACCAACAACUUCCCGGAGAUAUCUAUCGUCUGGCCGCAUUUCAGAGAGUGUCUGCUCGUCACUUACCAGUUUGCAGCCGCAGAUCUUUGUAUAGUUGUUUCUAGUAUCCGCCCCGCCACAUCCUCGCUCUUCAUCUUUUCUUUUCAAAAUAAGACGCUUUCAUAACACCAAUUAUGGCAUCCCCUCAACCUCCGGCUGCCCCAACCAACGGUGGGUAUCAAGGCCAAGCUACUCCUCAGCAUUCCGAGAACAAUACUGGCAAUUCCGAUGUUCCCAAGGACGAAGUUGGCUGGUAUUUCGUUGAACAAUAUUACACCACCCUAAACAAAACUCCUGAGCGUCUUCACCUCUUUUAUAACAAGACUUCUUCGUUUGUUUGGGGAACUGAGGGCGAAAACCUCCAGCUUGCUCAUGGUCGUAGUGCCAUUCAAGAUAAGAUCACCUCUUACGAAUUUAAGGACUGUAAAGUCCGUGUUUCCAAUGUGGACGCCCAGUCAUCGGCUGAUGACGGGAUUGUGAUCCAAGUUCUCGGCGAGAUGAGCAACAAUGGUCUUCCAAACCGCAAAUUCUCCCAGACUUUUUUCCUAGCCAAGCAGCCCAAUGGAUACUAUGUCCUGAAUGACAUAUUCCGCUACUUGAAAGAUGAUGAGGAAACCGAGGAAGGUGAAUACGAUGAGUAUAAUAUGGCUGAAGGAGUCGCUGAAGACGCCGAAGUCACAGAGACUAUUACUGAAGAGGUUAUCGAGGCAGUAGAGGAUGUGGGUUUGAAGGAAACCACAACGACUGAGAUUGAGGUUCAAGAGGACAAAGUUACUAUUGAGGAGACGACCACGAUCGAACCAGCUUUGCCAAUUCCAGGGACCCAGGGACUCCCACCCCCAAUCAAUGGGGGCGCUAAUGGUUCCUCGGCCGAAGCGCCUGCAGAAGAACCCGAGGCUGAGGUUCAGCCGGAUCCCGAGCCAGAGCCGGAACCGGAGGCUGAAGAGCCCGCUGUUCCUCCAGUAGAGGCAGCUCCUGAGGAGUCUGCUUCUCCGGCCAUUGAGGAGAAAAAGCCAGCCCCGGAAAAAGAGCCCGAACGCAGAGCAGUCACACCAGUUCCGGUUCCCCCACCAGUUCCAGCAGGUCCUCCAAAACCAACAACUUGGGCUAGUAUUAUUGCCAAAUCAGCAAACACUGGUGCACCGGCGGCCGUUCCCCAGUCUGUUACACCUCCACAGAUCCAACAGGCCCAGCAAGCGCAGCCAUCUCAGGCUCAAAAUUCUACCACCCCUGUUACAUCGACUACUUCUUCGAGUGCUACCCCAAGCACCCCAACAACUCCUCGCGGCGGUUCCCAAUGGCACACCACGGAGAGCAAGCGCCAUUCUAGACCAGCACCUGUAUCGGCUAAUGCUGCUAUCAGCCAAACCUCUGCAUAUGUCAGGAAUGUCACUGAAGGUGUUACGGAUCGGGCAUUGGAGGAUGCUUUGACUAAGUUCGGAGCGUUGGAACGGAUUGAGAUCAAUAGACAAAAGAAUUGUGCUUUUGUUGAAUUCGAGACAUCGGCCGGAUUUGCUGCUGCCAAUGCCAGCAAUCCUCACAAGAUUGGUGAUGCUAAUGUCUAUGUUGAUGAGCGCCGCCCUCGUGGCGCUGCUUCUGGCCCUGGGUAUUCAGGAGGUCGUGGUCCUUUUGGCAACAGGGACUCACGCACAGGAGGGCAGGGUGGUCGUGGAUUCUCGUCACGUGAGGGUGGGAGAAGUGAGGGUGGAAGAGGAGGAUCUAGAGGUGGUGCUAGGGGUAACUACAAUCAGCAUCGAGGAGGUGCUGCUGGUAGACCGGGAAACAUGGGAGCAAAGGAUUUGGAGUCUUGUUAGAUCUUAGCCUUCUUAUAAGGAUCUGCACUCUGUGGAUCCUAUAGCGGUGGCAACUAAUAUCGGACGUUUGGAUCCUAGGUUCACUAUUUCUGCUAUUAUUUUAUUUCCAUACUCCUUCUCGUUGUCUGCCUUUUUCUUCUUCUUUACCCUGGAGUGGGCAUUGUUUCUGCUAUCGUGAUUCAUCUCAUGAUUUUCAUAUUUCUCAGUUUAGUUUCGUUGUUCAUUCUUAUCUCAUUAGUCUGGAACCAAUUCACCCAGGUUAUACUGUCAUUGUAUUUUCUUUUCUUCGGUACUUUAUCUUGAUCAGGAGCGUAAAUUCUCGGUUCUUCUCUCUUCGUAUUUACUCUAGGGGUUAUCUGAUGCAGGAUUUGCAUAACUGGGGAAACAGGUCCUUGGAAAUGGGUAACGAGUUUUCUAGGAUUAUCGUUGAUGAGGUGAAAGGGGGAAAAAAUGGGGAUUAUGAUUUCUAUCGGAUGUUAUCAGGAAAAUGGGAAAUGGAAAAGUAAUGACUGUUAUUGUUA